CACCUGGCUCAUACUUUCACGUGACCACACCACCAUCGCCUCUUCAUUGCUCUUUUCAUCACUUCGCAGCUAUCCUCUCUUUUCCCCAGCUUUAUCUCUCGCUGUUCUCAGGCGUCUGCUUCAGACAAAUUUCAGAUGGCUUCAUCGACUUUAAUUUGCGAAACCCAGCCAUGGAAGGACUUGAAGUCUCAUGUUGAGGACAUUAAGAAGACUCAUUUACGCGAGUUGUUGAGUGACACUGACCGAUGCAAGUCAAUGGUGGUUGAUUUUGAUGGAAUAACGCUUGACUACUCACGCCAACGAGCCACCCCUGGUACCAUGGAUAAACUCUAUAAUCUGGCAGAGGGAGCUCAUCUCAAGGAAAAGAUUGAUCGCAUGUUCAAUGGGGAGCAUAUAAACAGCACUGAGAAUAGGUCAGUGCUUCAUGUAGCUCUUCGUGCUCCAAGGGAUGCAGUUAUGCAAAGUGAUGGCAAGAAUGUUGUACCAGAUGUCUGGAAUGUUCUGGACAAGAUCAAGGAUUUCUCUGAGAUGGUCCGCAAUGGCUCUUGGGUUGGAGCCACAGGAAAAGCACUCACUGAUGUUAUUUCAGUCGGCAUUGGUGGCAGUUUCCUGGGUCCUCUUUUUGUGCAUACCGCUCUUCAAGCAGAUCCAGAGGCCAGCAAAUGCGCUAGAGGACGCCAAUUACGAUUUCUUGCAAAUGUAGAUCCAAUUGAUGUUGCUAGAAAUAUUGCAGGCCUCAAACCUGAAACUACUCUCGUUGUUGUGGUUUCAAAAACUUUUACCACAGCUGAAACUAUGCUGAAUGCUCGAACACUAAGGGCAUGGAUUUCAAAAGAACUCGGACAAUCUGCAGUUGCCAAGCAUAUGGUUGCAGUUAGCACUAAUCUUGCGCUUGUGGAAAAAUUUGGCAUUGAUCCUAAUAAUGCUUUUGCAUUCUGGGACUGGGUUGGUGGAAGAUAUAGUGUCUGUAGUGCUGUUGGCGUGUUACCGUUGUCUCUCCAAUAUGGUUUCACAGUUGUUGAUAAGUUCUUGAAAGGAGCAUCAAGCAUUGAUCAGCAUUUCUAUUCUGCACCAUUUGAGAAAAAUCUACCUGUACUUUUGGGUAUGUUGAGCGUGUGGAAUGUUUCAUUUUUUGGAUAUCCUGCAAGAGCCAUCUUACCUUAUUCUCAAGCCCUGGAGAAAUUUGCACCGCACAUCCAGCAGGUCAGCAUGGAAAGUAAUGGCAAGGGGGUAUCUAUUGAUGGUAAACCACUUCCCUUUGAAACUGGUGAAAUUGAUUUUGGUGAACCAGGAGCAUAUGGUCAGCGUAGCUUUUAUCAACUAAUUCACCAGGGACGCGUGAUUCCCUGUGACUUUAUUGGUGUCAUGAAGAGCCAGCAACCAGUAUACCUAGAAGGAGAGGUUGCAAAUAACCAUGAUGAACUCAUGUCCAACUUUUUCGCCCAGCCAGAUGCCCUUGCAUACGGGAAGACACCAGAAGAGUUGCAAAAAGAGAAUGUUCCACAGCAUCUCGUACCUCACAAGACCUUCUCUGGCAAUAGGCCUUCUCUCAGCCUUCUGCUCUCAUCAUUGGAUGCUUACAAAAUUGGACAGUUGUUGGCGAUCUAUGAACACAGAGUUGCUGUGCAAGGCUUUAUAUGGGGCAUCAAUUCUUUUGACCAGUGGGGAGUUGAGUUAGGAAAGUCGUUGGCAACUCAAGUUAGAAAGCAACUUCAUGCAUCUCGAGUGAAGGGAGAACCGGUUGACGGUUUUAAUUUCAGCACUACAACAAUGCUAUCAAAAUUUCUGAAGGAAAGUUCGGAAGUUCCAGCCAAUCCACCAACUAUUCUUCCUCGGAUAUAACUUUGUUCCGUGACCUGGAGGUUUCAGCUUUGUUAUACAACUUCUUGGAAUCCUAAAGAUGACAUAUGCAGAGGCACUUUUCGCUAUUUUCUGAAAUUUUCCUUUUGUUAAAAGGUUUCUUUCCAAUACUAACAAGGCAAUAAUGAUACCUGCAGUUAUACUAGCCAGGUUCUCUCAUGACUCAUAUGGAGGCCGAAAAAUGAAAUUUUUGUCCCUGAAUUUUCUUAUUCUAA